AUGUCAAAGCUCCUUGGUUUCCCUGGUAAUGAUGAUUUUUGCCCUGGGGGGUCAAUUUAUACAAACCCCAAAGAACCUAGCCUCUUUUUGUCCCUUGGUAAUCAUGCGGAUGUCUUUUUUACUCCUCGCAAGAGGUCUCGCAUCAGUGGUACAUUUGUUUUCAGCGAAGAAGGUUUCGAGCAGAAGAAGCCGGUGUCUAUUGAUGUUCUACCAGAUGAAUGCCUCUUUGAAAUCUUUAAACGGUUACCUGGAGGUGAGGAAAGGAGUGCCUGUGCUUGUGUUUCCAAGCACUGGCUUACACUUUUAAGUAAUAUCCAUAGGGACGAAUUCUGCAGCAACACAAACGACCUAUCUUUGAACCCUCAGAAUGAGGUCACUGGAAAUAAGGAUCAGGAGGUUGAGAGUUGUGGAUAUCUUUCCAGGAGCUUGGAAGGGAAGAAGGCAACAGAUGUUAGACUUGCUGCCAUUGCCGUUGGAACUGCUAGUCGAGGAGGAUUGGGAAAACUUACAAUCCGAGGAAGCAAUUCUGGUCGUGGGGUGACAAACCUUGGCCUUAGGGCGAUAUCCCAUGGCUGUCCUUCUCUGAGGGUUCUUUCUUUGUGGAACGUGUCCUCUAUUGGGGAUGAAGGCUUGUGUGAGAUUGCUAAUCGGUGUCAUAUGUUAGAGAAGCUUGACCUCUCCCAAUGUCCUGCAAUAUCUGAUAAAGGUUUGGUUGCAAUUGCAAAGAAGUGUCCUAAUUUGACUGACUUAUCACUUGAAUCCUGUUCUAACAUUGGGAAUGAAGGUCUUCAAGCUAUUGGGCAGUGCUGCCCCAAUCUCAAAUCCAUUUCAAUCAAAAACUGCCCUCUUGUUGGGGAUCAGGGAAUUGCUAGUUUGUUAUCUUCGGUCUCUUAUGUCUUGACAAAGGUGAAGCUUCAGUCGUUGACCAUCACUGAUGUGUCUCUUGCUGUUAUUGGACACUAUGGCAAGGCUAUCACUGAUCUUGUCCUUACCAGCGUCCCCAAUGUCACUGAGAAGGGUUUCUGGGUCAUGGGCAAUGGUCAUGGGCUGCAGAAGUUGAAGUCCUUCACUGUUACAUCUUGUCAAGGUGUAACAGAUACCGGGCUUGAAGCAGUAGGGAAAGGCUGCCCGAAUUUGAAACAGUUUUGCCUUCGCAAAUGUCUAUUCAUUUCUGACAGUGGGUUGGUAUCAUUUUGCAAAGCAGCAGGAUCACUUGAGAGCCUUCAUUUGGAGGAGUGCCACAGGAUUACCCAAUAUGGGUUUUUUGGUGCUCUUUCAACUGGUGCAAAAUUGAAGGCUGUAGCAUUUGUCUACUGCUUGGGACUUAAAGACCUGAACUUAGGAUUGCCUGAGGUGUCUCCAUGCCAAUCUCUUCGAUCAUUGUCCAUUCGUAACUGCCCUGGAUUUGGGAAUGCUGGCCUGGCACUGUUAGGUAGACUUUGCCCACAACUGCAGCAUGUGGACUUCAGUGGGCUUGAGGGUAUAACGGAUGCUGGGUUUCUCCCACUACUUGAGAACUGUGAGGCUGGCCUGGUAAAGGUUAAUCUUAGUGGUUGUGUGAAUGUAACAGACAAGAUGGUUUCAUCCAUGGCUAAGCUACAUGGUUGGACUCUGGAAAUGGUAAAUCUUGAAGGUUGUAAGAUGAUCAGCGAUGCAGGCUUGGUAGCAAUUGCAGGGAACUGCCCAUUGCUUAGUGACCUUGACGUCUCAAGGUGUGCAAUCACCGAUUUUGGAAUUGCAUCCCUGGCCUGUGCAGACCAGCUAAAUCUGCAGAUCCUCGCCAUGUCAGGGUGCCCUUUAGUGUCAGACAAAAGCUUGCCUGCUUUGGUAAAAAUGGGUCAGACCCUUCUGGGCUUGAAUCUUCAGCACUGCAAGGCAAUCAGCAGCAGCACUGUUGACCGGCUUGUGGAGCAGCUAUGGCGUUGUGAUAUCCUUUCCUAG